ACAACAAUAUUUCCCAAAUCUAAUUAUGUUGGAUCUCAGAAAUAAUUCUUUAUCUGGACAUCUUCCUCCAAAAAUAUUAAACAUGAUGCCAAGACUCGAAUAUUUGGAUCUCUCCAACAACAAGAUUACUGGAGUAAAAGACAUGAUUCUCGAUGGGCGUCCUUCUAGUCUUGAGCAAUUGGAUCUUUCUUAUAACUCUCUCCAUGAAUCACAACUUGUAUCUCUUGGAAACCUCUCUAUGCUGCGAUCUUUGAAUUUAGGAUCCAACAAUUUGAAGGGGAUGCUUCCGGAAGGCAUCAAAUGGUUGAAGGGCCUUACAUAUUUGGAUCUCUACAAUAACUCGUUGAGCUUAUCGGAGGACGACCUUACCAAUCUAUCAAGUUUGAAAUAUUUGGACAUUUCAUACAACUCUAUAUACUUGAACAAAAGCGAUGAUUGGAUCCCUCCCUUUCAGCUUGACACCCUUUGGAUGGGAUUCUGCCAAAUACUGCCCAUGCCCCAAUUUCCGAAAUGGCUCCGAACACAAACCGAUCUUCGUGAAUUAGAUUUAUCAAAUACAGGGAUCAAAGAAACGAUUCCCAACUGGCUUCCAUCCGGUCUCCAAUAUUUGUAUCUAUCCGAUAACAAGAUUACUGGUGAGAUACCACAAUUCUUUCCAAAAUUAAAAUAUUUAUCUCUUUCAAAUAACUCAUUCUCUGGGAAUCUUUCACCAAGAAUCACAAAUACCAUGCCAAGCUUACAAUGGUUUGAUCUAUCUAUGAAUAAUAUGAGUGGCGGUAUUCCCUUCUCUUAUUGUCGAUCUAGUAAUUUGGAAAGGCUUCAGCUUUCUGAAAAUAAUUUGUCAGGAGAAGUUCCCAAUUGCUGGAAAAAUUCCUCAAAUUUACUUCUUUUAGACUUAUCAAACAACAAAUUAGUCGGUGGAGUCUCUGAUACGCUCUGUAAUUUGCAAAUGCUAGAGUCACUGCACUUGAGUUACAAUAAUUUAUCCGGGCCGAUUCCUCAUUGUUUAAAGAGUUGCACAGAACUAUCUACUCUCGACUUGGGCCACAACAACUUUAUCGGGAACAUACCAACUUGGAUCGGAGAAAGCCUAUUGUAUCUGAAGACACUUAGCUUACGCUCGAAUGCCUUCAACGGCAGUAUUCCUCGAUUAUCUUUUCUACCAUAUCUUCGUAUCUUGGAUCUCUCCAACAACAAUCUUUCAGGAACGAUACCACAGAGCUUUGGGAGCUUCAGUGCAUUAGAAAGCGCUCCUACGUAUCAGUGUUGUUACUUCAACAAUGACACUCUCUAUGCAGAAGAUAUGUUGCUCUUCAUAAAAGGAAGUGAAAUCAAGUAUACCACCUCUAGACAACUUUCGAUUGAUACACUUAUUGAUCUCUCCAACAAUUACUUAUCUGGAAGCAUCCCUGAAGAAUUGGGGAAUUUGCAUGGAUUGCGGAGCUUAAAUCUAUCUGGAAAUUACCUUAUAGGUCAGAUACCAAGAAGCAUCGACGGAAUGAAACAACUAGAAGUCCUCGAUCUCUCAAGAAAUAAUCUCUCGGGUGCAAUUCCAUCCGGUUUGGCAACCUUGAAUUUCUUAGACCAUUUGAAUUUAUCAUAUAACAAUCUUUCAGGAAGCAUUCCCACUGGCAACCAAUUGCAAACUUUUACUGAUCCAUCUAUCUACAUUGGCAAUCCAUAUCUUUGUGGCCCUCCUCUGCCCAUAAAUUGUACGGUGAAUAUAGCGAAGGCCAUUGAAGAAGAGCAAAAUAAAGAUUCUUCUAAGAGCAGAAUGGAAAUACUUUGGUUAUACACGAGCAUCACACUAGGAUUUAUUACUGGAUUUUGGAUGGUUUGUGGAAGUCUUUUGUUACGACGGACAUGGAGGAUCACAUACUUUCGCGCCAUUGAUAACAUGAUUGACAAGCUAUACGUGGUGAUGGCAGUGACUGUAGCAAAAUACAAAAGGAAGCUAUGAUAACUCUGUUGUUAGAGGGGGUCGACAUAAUUUAUCCGACUUAAGCAAUAGCAAUGGUAUUGGUAUCGAUCAGUAUGUGAUACGCUCAUGGUUUGCAUGUCUUUUCAUAACACACC